AUGAGUUCGGACAAGACGAAUAUACUCAUGAAGUACAAGAUUGUGUUUUUGGGAGACCAAAGUGUCGGCAAGACCUCCUUAAUAACGAGAUUUAUGUACGACACGUUUGAUGAAGCUUACGCAACGACAAUUGGGAUAGAUUUUUUGAGCAAGACAAUGUACCUUGAAGAAGGCAAGACCAUUAGACUACAACUCUGGGAUACCGCUGGGCAGGAAAGGUUCAGGUCGUUGAUACCUUCGUAUAUACGAGAUUCGCAUGUCGCUGUGAUAUGUUACGACGUUACCAAUAAGAAGUCAUUUACGAAUUUGGACAAAUGGAUCAAGGAUGUGAAGCUAGAAAGAGGCGACGAUGUGAUUAUCGUGCUUGUGGGAAACAAACUGGACUUGGCGAGCGAUAAGCGACAGGUGAGUCUCGAGGACGUGGAACAGCUACACAACAAGAUCGGGUCCAAGUUCUUUAUAGAGACUUCAACAAAGGCCAACCACAAUGUCAAACUAUUGUUCAAAAAGAUUGCCCAGGCCUUGCCCGACUUUAGCAACGACGACGUGGCCGAGAACGGACAAGAAACGUUGACCAAUAAACCGGAAACAAUCGAUAUCAGCAUUGAAAACAAUGGCCAGAAUCAAGGAACUAGCAGCUGUUGUUAA